CGAUAAGGAGCUGAGUGACUGCAGCUGCUACUGUCUCCCUAUCUGGCUUCCUAUAUGACACCUAUAGCUGCCACCCCACACAGUCUAAUUGGUUUUAAAUCAGUAAUCCAUUCUCUGACAAGUUGGUACCCUGUGUGUGAUUGUUUUGGGAGACUUUUAUUAAUGAAUCUAAUUUUUAAACUAUAGCAUGGGAUGCUCUGUAGAAGACAAUACAAUAAAAAGGCACAAACCCACAUCACUUGCUUAGGCUGAGCUCUGUAAAAUCAUGUACACUUUCGUGGUAAGAGAUGAAAACAGCACAGUGUAUGCUGAAGUGUCCAGAAUCCUCCUUGCGACAGGACAAUGGAAGAAACUGAAAAGGGACAACCCCAGAUUUAACCUGAUGCUGGGAGAGAGGAACCGCCUGCCAUUCGGGAGACUGGGUCAUGAGCCUGGAAUUGUGCAGCUGGUAAAUUACUUUAGGGGGGCUGACAAACUUUGUCGUAAAGCUUCAUUAGUAAAGCUAAUCAAGACCAGUCCAGAGCUGUUAGAAUCCUGUGAUUGUUUCCCAGAAUCCUAUGUCAUAUACCCAGCCAAUGAAAAGAGUCCAGUGGCACAGAAAAGGAACGGCCUUCACGAACUCAUUAACAGUUCUCGGACUGAUGAGCGAGAAGAGUUCUUGGUUUCAUUUAAUCAAAGAAAAGAGAGUGGAGAAGGAAAUGUAUGGAUAGCCAAAUCUUCAUCAGGUGCCAAAGGGGAAGGGAUUCUUAUAUCCUCGGAAGCCAGUGAACUACUUAAUUUCAUCGAUAAUCAAGGCCAAGUGCAUGUGAUUCAGAAAUACUUAGAAAAUCCACUCUUACUAGAACCGGGUCAUCGAAAGUUUGAUAUUAGAAGCUGGGUUCUUGUAGACAAUCAGUACAAUAUCUUCCUCUACCGAGAGGGUGUGCUGCGAACCUCUUCAGAACCGUACAAUGCCUCUGAUCUUCAGGAUAUGACUAGUCACUUAACCAAUCACUGCAUUCAGAAGGAGCACUCCAAAAACUAUGGACGAUAUGAAGAAGGGAAUGAAAUGUUUUUUGAAGAGUUUAAUCAGUAUCUUGUUUCUUCCCUCGAUACAAGUCUAGAGACGAGCGUAUUACCACAGAUCAAGGAAAUCAUAAGACUCUGCCUGACUUGCAUAGAACCUGCGAUCUGCACAAAACAUUUGCCUUACCAGAGCUUUCAGCUCUUUGGAUUUGACUUUAUGGUGGAUAGAAAUCUGAAAGUCUGGUUGAUAGAAGUCAAUGGCGCCCCAGCUUGUGCUCAGAAACUUUACACAGAGCUUUGCCAAGGCAUUGUGGAUUUGGCCAUAUCCACAGUGUUUCCACUCAGCGACGCAGCGCAGAAGCAAAACCCAGACAGUAUAUUCAUAAGACUCUGAUAAUGCCUUAUCUACACCCCCAAGCACUGCAGCCACUUAUUUAUUGUCAGACACGCAGAUGACCAGUAUUUCACGCAGCAUCAAAAAAGUAUAAGCGGACACUAUUUAUAAAAAUGUAAAACAAAAUGGAUAAGCCAAAGUGAAGAGGACAAAGCUUUGCUUUUCCAUGCCAAAACGUAGUUUUUAGCAUUUUAUUUUUUCAUUUAAAGGUAGGUGAAGCGGACAAUGGCAAUUAAAUGGGACAUGAAGUUUUAAGUAAUGAUCAGAAGCAAAUGUAUCAUCUUUGACAUACGACAUGCAAAUUGGAAUGUGAGGAAGACUUUCUUUGAUUCAUUAUAGUGCCUUAGCUCAAUAUUUUUUAGUAUUUUGCAUUUUUUUGUUCUAGUUCCGAUUUUAUUGUUUUUUGUCAAGACUUUCAUCCACAGGAAAAUAAAUCAAAAGGACAGAUGUGGUCAAAACCGAAUCGCUCGCUACCAUCCCUUCUGUGUAGUCAUUUUUUGUCAUGUAUCCUGGGUGUCACUGUUCCCUCACAGGAAAUGUAAACAGCAUCAAAUUAAAGUUGCUGACAUUUUUUACAAAUUAGUGAAAAGCAGAAUUAACUUUAUUAAACAGACAUAAAGAUGCUUGUGCAACCCAGCAGUAUCAGGACAUGGUUUCCUAAAGCAUUUCAGACUAUAAGUGUUUAAAGGGAGAGAAUACUUUGAUGCUAAAUCACUUGAAAGUGAUGCAGCAUAACUGUAAAAAGCUGCCAUGAAAAUAUUACCUGAUCAUCUCUAUGUAAAAAAGUAAGAUAUUUUACCUUAAUUUCCUCAGCUCACCAGAUUAGGUGUUCAGGAAAAAAGUUAUCUUUCAGUUACUGUCCAGCUGCAGGUAAAAAAAAAAGAAAGAAAUGAACAGCAGCCAAUCUGCAUCAGCAAUGCUGAGGUCAUGAACUGUGAGGUCAUGAGAUUUCAUAGUAAACUUCCUUAAACUGAAUAGGGAAAUAACAUGAGUGUGUAUGAGGCACACCCCUUUGCAAGUCCCGGGACAGGCAUACUGAUUUGCUGCUUAAGUCCUUUACAAUGGACAUUUUGAGGUAAAAUAUUUUUCUUUUUUACAUAGAGAUGUUCAGGUGAUAUGUUCUAGUCUUCCAAGCUAUGCUGCAUCACUUUCAAGUGUUUCAACAUUUGGGUAUCAUGUCCCUUUAAUCCUAAGGUUGUAUAACAGCAAUUGUUAUGUCUGGUUGGUAGGUUACCUGCUUUUAAUUCCUUAUUGAUUGUAGUAGGAACUUUUUUUUUUUUAUUGCAGGUUUUUAAUGUAUUCUGGAAGGGGUGGAUUUAUUUUCAAGACAAGGUACAUGUAGAGAUUACAAAGGGAAUAGAGUCACAAGCACCCUUUUUUAUAAGAUUUACAACUCACUCUUGUAUGUUGAGUAAUGAAUGUAGAUUGCAUGUGUGCUCGCUGGAACUACAAGUCAUAUGAUGGGUGAUUACCAUUCCAACAAAAUAUGUGGAUUCAGAGAGAAUCCAAGAGAUACCUCUUUAUCGAUUCCCUUUUGAAUCAAAGGAACGUGUGUAGGCACAUACCCCGAGACAUCCAUACACUGUCUAGAUUUGUACAAGGUAAUUAUGUCACUGUAUGUUAUGCUGUUCUGUAGAUAUGAUUCUUUUUUAAGCCUAUUUUUUUAGUUUACACCAUAUUAUACUUUUUCGUAUUACAAGACCAUAUUCUAACAUGCACCAACAUUGCAACUCCCUUUAUUUCUAUGAAUGAAAUAGCUUUUGUCAGUGAGUGAAGAUCAUGUCAUAGCAUGUUAAAUAUGGAUCCUCUUGAAUAAAGGCCUAUUAACAUGU